UAUUCGCAAAAUAGGUCUGGGAGGCCUGGUGCUGUGUACGAAGUGGAGAAGGAUGGAGUACGUGGAGCGCUGAAAACCGAAUUUGUCGAUCAGACCGGUGAACGGAGUGAAACACUCAGAAAUGAAGUGAUGCAGCUCCGCGUAAUGCAAUGGUCGGCCCACUUCUGUCGGCUAUACUUGGCAUGUCGUGUUCGAUGCGGCAAGGAGAUCGUCAACAUCAUGAUCAUGAGCCUCGUAGAGAGACCAUUGUCACGUCUCCGUCGUAUGACACCCGAAUCUCGUUUCACUCGUUCGACAGCGGUGAGGUUAUCGCGCCAAUGUCUUGAGGCAAUUCACGAUCUCCAUCGUUACGUAUUUCUUUGCACCGAGACAUCAAAGCCAGUAAUUUUGCCUGGUCUGCAGAGCGCAUCGUCUACCUGCUCGAUCUGGGCUUCUUUGGCAUUCACUGAGCAGGAAGAAGUGAAGCAUCGUGCUCCAAGGAAGAAGGUAGCCUUCCUCGGCACUAGCAAAUACUGCUCACCCAACAUGCACAAAAAGUUGGAUCAGGGCCGAAGGGACGACCUCUGGGCGUGGUUGUACAUGACUGUUGAGUUCAUGGCGGUGUGUGCUCGACUUGAUUAUCACGAAGAUCAGCCGUAUGAUUGGGAGCAAGGCGGCUAUUACUACGAGUACUACACUAAAAAGUCCGACACUGAAAAAGAUCUAACGGAAAAUGAUGUGAAAGUGACAAAAAUGGAACCAAUGGAGAAUUGUGGCCAAAUCUUCGAGAAAAUCACCGUUUCCAACUGA